AUGGUCUCCAUGUCUACGGAAUACUCCAAGGAGCAGGUGAUCGCUCUGGCGGUUGUAUUCAUGAUAUUUCCCAUGACAUUCUACGGACUCCGAGUAUGGGCAAGGCUACUGAUCAGCCGCUUUAUGUUGGAUGACUACCUCGCUGGAGGAGCACUCUCUAAGUUUGCCAUGAAUAUGCUAUCGAUUCUCGGCCUCGGCCUGGUCAAGUCGUCCAUUCUUGUCCUUUACCUCCACCUCUUUCCCAAUGCAUUGUUCAAAAGGGUUGUGUUUGGCAUGCUCGUCUACGUCAUCAUAUGGACGGUCAGCUUCUUUUUCUCGCAUCUCUUCACCUGCUACCCCAUCACGACCUUUAUCGAUUUCUUCGAGAGCAAAAACUGCGUCAAUCAGACGGCCAUGUUCCUUACAGUCCUAUACACCAACGUCAUCGCCGACUUUGCGAUUUUGAUCCUGCCGAUCCCCUUGGUGAUGCGCCUCCAGCUCAAGCUCAAGACCAAGAUCGCUGUCAUUGGAAUGCUAAGUCUAGGGGCCGCAACCUGUGCCGUCAGUGUCACCCGCGUGAUUGCCAUCUAUGGCGUCGCCCACGAGUAUACCAAACAUCCCAACGAUAUCAUUUACUAUACUGCUCCGGUUUUCUACUGGACGAACAUUGAACUCUCAAUGGCGGUAAUUUGCGCCUGCCUACCGACGCUGCGACCUAUCUGGACCCAUUUCUAUCCCACGAAAACCGUUACCGGGAACACCUCGUACGAGCUCGGCUACGGUUCUAGCAGAAAGGUUCCCAGAAGGAACAACACUAAAAAUAAGACAUACAUGGAGCUAAAUGAAAUGGAACUGAAUGCUGCCGAGUGUUCCCGGCCGGGGCAGCCCCUUGGCAGGAAUAUUCUCAAGGAGACGGUGAUAUCUCAGACGGUGGAAAUUGCCACGCCUGCGGUCAGCUGA